GCCAGCUAGCGGAUCGGGACAAAGCCUGAGACGGUGGGUCGGGGGAGGGUCGAGACCCCCGAAGACGCUCGCUUUCUACCGGAGAUGUCUGUGUCCGAGCCCAUGGACAGCGCCGCGGAAUCAGUAACAUUCAAAGAUGUGGCUAUGGCCUUUUCCCAGAAGGAAUGGGAACAAUUAGAUCCUGCUCAAAGGAGUCUCUACAAGGAUGUGAUGCUGGAGAACUACAGCAAUCUUUCGUCAGUGGGGUGUCAAGCUCUUAAACCAGACAUGAUCUCCAAGUUGGAAAAAGGAGAAGAUCCAUGGAUGGGGAAAAGAAAAAGACAAAGUCAAGGUCAAGAUUGUCUGCAUGAAAUAACAGGAUUCAAGCAAGUAGGAUCCAGUAGAAAAAAGGCCCAGAAAGAAGAUGGACAUCUAGAAAAAAAGAAAUCUCAGAACAAACUCAGUAUGGAAGUUGAAGCCAAGAAAAAAACUCUGAGUAAGAAGAAAGACCAUGAAUAUAGUUCGCCAGGGGAAAAAUAUGUGGAUGAAAAGCAUGUUUCUUCAAAGAAGAAGUUGCUUAAAAUCAAUUCACUUGAAAAGAAUUUCAAACAGAAUUUAGAUUUACCUGGUCACAAAAGAAACUAUGCAAAAAAGAAUCCUGAUAUAACUAAAGAGCAUAGGAAAACAUUCAGCAAUAACUUGUCUAAUGUAAAGAAAAACAAAAAUCAAACUGAAAAGAAACCUGAGAAAUUAUCCAAACACAGUUCAAUUAAUAAGUGUGACAAAACUCAAACUAGUAAGAAACGUGAGAAAUUAGCUCGUCAUUGCUUAUCCCAUAGUAAUGGAGCUAAAAUUAAAAAAGGAGAGCGUGAGAUGUUAUCCAGACAUAGUUCACCUACUUCUAAGCAUGAUAAAGCUCAAACUAAAGUGAAACCUUAUGAAUGUAAACAAUGUGGGAAGUUUCUCAGCCAUAAACAAGGACUUAUUGACCAUCAGAGAACACAUACUGGGGAGAAACCAUAUGAAUGUGAUGAAUGUGGAUUAGCCUUUAGCCAAAAGUCACACCUUGUUGUACAUCAGAGGACUCACACUGGAGAAAAACCAUAUGAAUGUGUUCAGUGUGGCAAAGCCCAUGGUCAUAAACAUGCUCUCACUGACCAUUUAAGAAUUCACACUGGGGAAAAGCCAUACAAAUGUACUGAAUGUGGGAAAACCUUUAGACACAGUUCAAACCUAAUUCAACAUGUAAGGUCUCAUACAGGUGAAAAGCCCUAUGAAUGCCAGGAAUGUGGAAAAUCCUUUAGGUAUAACUCAUCUCUUACUGAACAUAUGAGAACUCAUACAGGUGAAAUACCAUAUGAAUGUAGUGAAUGUGGGAAAGCCUUUAAAUAUAGUUCAUCACUUACUAAACACAUGAGAAUCCACACAGGUGAGAAACCUUUUGAAUGUAGUGAAUGUGGGAAAGCAUUCAGCAAAAAGUCACAUUUAAUUAUACAUCAAAGAACUCAUACUAAAGAGAAGCCUUAUAAAUGUAAGGAUUGUGGAAAAACCUUUGGACACAGCUCAUCUCUUACUUACCACACAAGAACUCAUACGGGUGAAAAUCCUUUUGAAUGUAAUCAAUGUGGGAAGGCCUUCAAACAAGUUGAAGGCCUUACUCAACAUCAGAGAGUUCAUACUGGGGAGAAACCUUUUGAAUGUAAUGAAUGCGGCAAAUCCUUUAGCCAAAAGUCACACCUUAUUGUACACCAAAGAACUCAUACUGGGGAGAAACCCUAUGAAUGUAAUGAAUGUGGGAAAGCCUUCAAUGUAAAGUCACAACUUAUAAUACAUCAGAGAUCCCACACUGGAGAGAAACCCUUUGAAUGCGAUGAAUGUGGUAAAGCCUUCAAACAAAAUAUGUCCCUUACCAAACAUAUAAAAAUGCAUUUAAAACAGAAACCUCAUGAUUAAAAUUUUGUAAGAAUAUUUUAAACUGAAUUCUAGGUUUUAUUUAACCUUAGAAAUAUCUUUUUUGAAUUUUUG